GUUCGACGUUAAGUAAUUGUAUUUUAAAAUGUAAAUACAUAUUUGUACUGUACCCAAUGCCACUACGAGCACAUUAAAAAAUAAUUAUAUUUACUCCUAAAAAAAAUGAUUGCGCAGCAAGAAAUAGAACAAAGGCCAUUAGCGUGGUACGAACCUUUUUUGUCAUUGAUGGCGAUUGGUUUAAUAUACACUUUACUAUCCAAUAGAAAAGAAAAUAACCUGUUAAACUAAACCACCCAACCAAAGCUUUCCAUUCAUAGUGCUAAUUUGCAUACAUAAAUUAGACCGUGCUGGAAUGUUUCAUUGGCUGAAAGCAUCGCAAUACCUCGCCAGUCAUUAACUGAAAUGUCACAUCGAAAGAUGUCAUAUUGACCAAUAGAAACUGCGCUGGUUGUUGUACACCUAAUUUGCAUAAAGCCGCUAUAAAUAUAGGGCCAGGGAGGAGGGUAUUUUAUAGUUAUCUUUAGAUUGAAUUGAAUUCCUUGCUUUGAGACGAUGCCUGAGCCGUCGAAGUCAGCGCCAGCCCCCAAGAAAGGGUCAAAGAAGGCUGUUGCAAAAAGUCAACCUAAGGGAGGAAAGAAGCGCAGAAAGACCAGGAAGGAGAGCUAUGCUAUCUACGUGUACAAAGUACUGAAGCAGGUUCAUCCUGAUACCGGGAUCUCUUCCAAGGCGAUGGGAAUCAUGAACUCGUUCGUUAACGAUAUUUUCGAGCGCAUCGCCGGUGAGUCUUCCCGUCUGGCUCACUACAACAAGCGAUCCACCAUCACGUCCAGGGAGAUCCAGACAGCCGUGCGUCUCCUACUGCCGGGAGAGCUGGCCAAGCACGCCGUGUCGGAGGGCACCAAGGCCGUCACCAAAUACACCAGCUCCAAGUAAAACGACAAACCUGCUUUCUUAACCCCAAAGGCUCUUCUAAGAGCCACCCAUAGUAUCACAAUAAAGAGUUUAAAACCA